UUCCUUCCACAGAAGUGAGAAAAAAAAUUAAACCACAACUUGAUGCUGAAAACAGAAAUUGCACAACGAGACACAGCCAUGGCAGAAGGAAAGACGGGAAGCGCUGGGCUGUUUGCUAAGCGGGUCCAGAAGCAAUUCAGCCGAGCCCAAGAGAAGGUUUUGCAGAAACUAGGGAAAACUGUGGAAACAAAAGAUGAGCAGUUCGAGCAAAGCUCCUACAAUUUCCAACAGCAGCAGGCAGAAGGCCACAAACUCUACAAGGACCUUAAGGUUUUCCUCAAUGCCGUGAAAGUGAUGCAUGAAAGUUCCAAGAGAGUGGCUGAGACCCUGCAAGAAAUUUACAGUGCUGAGUGGGAUGGAUUUGAAGACUUGAAAGCCAUAGCACAGAGCAACGACCUUCUGUGGGAAGAUUAUGAGGAGAAGCUGUCAGACCAGGCUGUCAGGACCAUGGAAAACUACUUGACACAGUUCAAUGAAAUUAAGGAGCGGAUUGGUAAGAGAGGACGGAAACUGGUGGAUUAUGAUCGCAGCAGGCAUCAUUUGGAAGCCUUGCAGAAUGCCAAAAAGAAAGAUGAAGCUAAGAUUGCAAAGGCUGAAGAAGAGUUCUACAAAGCCCAAGCUGUAUUUGAGGAGAUCAACAAAGAACUAAGAGAAGACUUGCCUGUUCUUUACAACAGUCGAAUUGCAUGCUAUGUGACCAUAUUCCAGAAUAUUUCCAAUUUGCGAGAUAUCUUCUACAAGGAAAUGAGUAAGCUGAACCACGACCUGUAUGAUGUGAUGAGCAAACUGGAAAAACAACACUCCAACAAAGUUUUCAUUAUUAAAGGAGUAUCCAGUAACAGAGGCUCCCUAGUCAUCUCCUCUCCAGUCAGUCCAACCAGCUCCUCUUUCAUGUCUCCAGGGAGCAGCAUAAGUGAGGCACUGACAUCUCCUCCUGCUGCUUCCUCCGAUCAUACAAGUGAAUCUCUUUCUGCAACAGAGGCAUCUAUAUCCAGCGAAGCCAGCGAGACAGAGGAAGAAAACCUUCCAUCUUCUGCUACAGUGCUGCAGCAUGAGCCACCAGAUAUAGCUGAGGCAGACUCUUCUGUUUCUACAGAGCCCAAAGAUGGCAACCAAAAUGAGGUACUGGAGAAACCCAUAAACCUUUCUGAAGACACCCCCCAGAAAGUUGAGGUAUUUGCAGAGAAUAUGGCAGCAGGGGUAUUAUCAGAGGCACUGCUUGAGGUGGCCAGCAAAGACCAGAUUGUUCAGAGAGAUUCUGAAGACACCACAAGGCCCCUUUCGAUUAAUAACCCCCAAACAGGUGACCUUUGUGAAGAAGAAGGAACUUCUGUACCCUGUCUAAGCAGCAAAUCUCCAGCUCCACCAAAACAGGAAGCCAAGCCCUCUGAAGAUGCUCAGAACAGUGCUCAGUUCAAGGAAUCAAAUCAUCAGGAGAAUGAGUUGCUACCAAGUGACACUUCAGAGAGUCCUGAAAAAAGUCUCAAAGAUUCUGGGCCUUCCACCCAAGCUGAAGAAGCCCAAAAAGAGGUACCCAGUAAUACCAACAGUGAGCUUACCUCCACAGUAGUGGAAACAGGGGCCACCAAUAAGAUGCCGCCUCAUCAAACAGAGACUGGGGAAGGGAGCUGUCAGCAGUGCGGGGAGACUGAAGAUGAUGUCAACAGUGAUGGAAGCAUUGAAGAAAUAGAUGUUUCACCAAAGGUCAUCAACACUGAGACCGCCUUGACCUUCUUCUCUGAAGAUGAGAGAGACAACAAUAGCAAACUGCCCCUGGAGUUCCUGUUCAAGGCUCAAGCAAUCCAAGCUCAUACUUCAGAUGAUGGGAAUCACCUGCAGUUUGAAAGAGGGGAGAUCAUCCUGGUGUUGUCAGAUACCCAGGCACAGGAAAGAGGAUUCCUUAUGGGUAUAAAAGAGAACGACUGGAAAGAAAACCAGAAUAUAACACAGAAAGGCAUUUUCCCUCCAGACCUCAUCAAAUUCAUCAACUUGGAAUAAGCUGAGAUGCUUGGGCAGAAUUCGG